AUGUUCCGCCUUCUUCUCGCUCUAUCCCUCGCGGGGUUGAGCAGUGCAGCCGAAAUUGAAAAACGAGGUGGUAAACCAAAGUCCGCCUUAGAUUUGUGGUAUGAAGCAGUGAAUGAUGAUCUGGCUCGGUACUGUAUCCUCGCCCUUGGCUGUGCGGCUGCGGCCAUGCUGGUAUGGACCCUCGUCUUCCGAUUCUCCGGCCAUCUGCGACGAUUGUCAAGCUUUACCGAUGACAAACAGCGAUAUUUCGUACCUGCUCAUGGUACCUUCUCCUGGUUCAAGGAGCACUUGAUUUAUGCCCCGUUAUUCGGCGUCCGUCACAACCGCGAGUUCCAACUUUCCACCGCCAUCAACAUGGGCACGCUUCCCAGCCGAUUCCACGGUAUUCUAGUCUUCGGAGUGGUUGCCAUGAACGUCAUCCUCUGUGUGGUGACUACGCCUUACGCAUCAGAUGAAGAUACUCUGUCGGGUAUCAUUCGCAACCGGACAGGUACAAUGGCCACCGUUAACUUGAUUCCCCUUGUUCUUAUGGCUGGCCGUAACAACCCUCUUAUCGAGAUGCUGCAUGUCCCCUUCGAUACCUGGAACUUGCUCCAUCGGUGGCUGGGCCGUAUCGUUGUGCUUGAGGGUGUUGCGCAUACACUUGCAUGGAUGAUUCCUAAGGCCCAAGAAGCGGGCUGGGACGUCGUUGGGAUUUCUCUGUCGUCUAGCAGCUUUCUGUACACUGGCAUGGGGACAACUGCUGCCUUCGUGGCCCUCCUGUUGCACUCUCCGUCGCCGAUUCGCCAUGCAUUCUACGAAACCUUCGUCCACCUGCAUUUCAUAUUCGCAGCAGCUUCUUUCGGUCUCCUCUGGGUGCAUUUGCAUGGAUUGACUGCUAAGGCGUAUCUCAUUGCCGCUAUCGUCCUGUGGGCUCUCGAGCGCGCGGUUCGAUUCUUCAUCAUUUUCUACCGUAACUUCGGUCGCGAGUCUACCACCGCCAUUGUCGAGGCGAUGCCGGGAGAUGCAAUGCGUAUUACUCUGCGUAUGGCCCGCCCAUGGACCUUCCGCCCUGGUCAACACAUCUACCUGUACAUCCCAGCUGUUGGCUGGUGGACUUCCCACCCCUUUUCCGUUGGCUGGAGUGAGACUGAAGACUCAAUGUCUGACGAGAAAUCACUGCCCAUGUCGAAGCAAGAUUUGGUCGGCGCGCCUCAAAAAGAGACCAUCUCUCUGUUGGUCCGUCGCCGUACCGGUAUGACCGACAAGCUGUUCCAGCGCGCCUCCAACGCCAUUGGCAACCGUGUCACCCUGCGCGCCUUUGCCGAAGGUCCUUACGGCAAUAUCCACACCAUGGACUCCUAUGGCACAGUAAUGCUCUUUGCCGGUGGUGUCGGUAUCACCCAUCACGUCCCUUUCGUUCGCCAUCUCGUUGCUGGUUUCGCCGAGGGUACUGUCGCUUGCCGUCGUUUGACACUUGUCUGGAUCAUCCAAUCGCCUGAACACCUAGAGUGGAUCCGGCCUUGGAUGACCAGCAUUCUGGCCAUGGACCGUCGCCGCGAAGUUCUCCGCAUCAUGCUCUUCGUUACCCGCCCACGUAACACCAAGGAAAUCCAGAGCCCGUCGGCGACUGUGCAGAUGUUCCCUGGCCGUCCUAACAUCGACACUCUGGUCGGUAUGGAAGUGGAGAACCAGGUUGGCUCGAUGGGUGUCCUGGUCUGUGGUAACGGAGGACUGAGCGAUGAUGUCCGCAAGGUUUGCCGCAGAAGACAAAAGCGGACGAAUGUUGACUACGUCGAGGAAAGCUUCUCCUGGUAG